AUGCAAUGCAUCACGACUGUAACCUACUCAUUCCUAAUCAAUGACUCUAUCUACGGCUCAGUUAAACCACAACGAGGGAUCAGGCAGGGGGACCCUAUAUCACCUUACCUUUUCAUCCUGUGUGGAGAGGUCCUCUCUGGACUCUGCAGAAGAGCAGAACUGGAUGGCUCGCUCAGAGGCCUUCGUGUGGCUCGCGGCAGUCCUAGAGUCAAUCACCUGCUGUUCGCAGAUGAUACCAUGAUGUUCUGCAACUCCUCUCCAGAAUGCUGCCUCUCCCUACGAAAUAUCCUACAAGAAUAUGAGAAAGUUAGCGGUCAAAAAGUUAAUAUAGCAAAGUCAUCUAUUACUUUCUCGGUUAAAACCUCCCCAGAAACAAAAGCAGCAGUAAAAGAGACCCUAGGAAUUCAGAAAGAAGGGGGAGUAGGCAAAUAUUUAGGGUUGCCAGAACACUUCGGAAGAAGAAAAAAGGAUAUGUUUACCUCUAUCGUUGACAGAAUCCGCCAAAGAGCCUCUAGCUGGUCAAAUCGUUUCCUAUCCAGAGCCGGUAAACUCACUAUGCUCAAAGCGGUCCUCACUGCAAUCCCAACUUACUCGAUGUCCUGCUUCCAACUCCCGGUGAGCCUCUGCAAAAGAAUCCAAUCAACUCUUACACAGUUUUGGUGGAAUAGCACAAGUGGAAAAAAGAAAAUGUGUUGGGUUGCUUGGCAAAAGCUAACCAAACCAAAAGCAGCAGGGGGAUUAGGAUUGCGAGACAUCCAAAUGUUCAACCAGGCUUUAUUAGCAAAGGUAGCGUGGAGGAUCCUUACCUCACCAGGAUGCUUGCUAGUUCGUGUUCUUCGAGGGAAAUAUUGCCAUAAAAAGAGCUUCCUUGACGUUCAAGUUCCCUCAGUCUGUUCCUACGGUUGGAGAAGCAUCCUCCAUGGGCGUGACCUUCUGAAAGACAACCUAGGCAAAGCAAUAGAAAACGGUCAAGAUACGAGAGUGUGGAAGGAUCCUUGGAUCUCCCUUGAGAAACAAGUUAAACCGUUUGGACCUGUUCGCGAAGCCAACAUGGAUCUACGCGUAUCGGACCUCCUAACUGAUGAUCUAAAGUGGAAUACAAAAAGGGUUGAGUCUAUCUUACCAGAGUUCAGCAAGCAAAUCCAUUGCAUCAAACCUAGUCGAAAAGGCGCCGAGGAUAUUCAUAUCUGGCUCCCUCUCAAUUCGGGUGUAUACUCCACUAAAUCGGGUUACAACUCGGUGGCAGAACUACCACAGACGGCCCAACUAGUUCCCACACCUGCCUCAGGACCUGAAAUAGAUUUCAGUUGGAUAAAAGACGUGUGGUCUCAGAAAACGUCUCCUAAGCUAAGACUCUUCCUCUGGUCGGUUAUACAAGGAGCCUUACCUAUCGGCUCUGAACUGCAACGAAGAGGAAUGGUAUCAGCAGCUCUGUGUCCACGAUGCAAGGAAGAAGAGACAACACUACACAUCUUUCUCCAAUGCCCCUUUGCAAAAGAAGUAUGGAGCCACAUCCCCCUAAAGCAUUCAGUUCACCCAGCUGAUAUCUCGGAGUUCCGGUCCCUGCUGGUCAACCACCGGUCCUCGAUAUGUCUCCCUCCAACAGGAAUUAGAGUCCCCAUUCUACCUUGGGUUUGCUGGCAGCUAUGGAAUGCUCGGAACCGAUUAAUCUUCGAAGACAAAGCCUGCAACCCUCGCGACACAGCAACAAAGAUCCUCUCUUCAGCACUAGAAUGGGACCAAGCGCAAGUUUCCAUGCCCUCGAGACAUCGAUCGAAUGCUCCUCCGGUACUACAGCCGCCAAACCGAGACGACACCCAGACCCAAUCGCAAAUUGCUUCGUGUUUUGUUGAUGCAGCCUGGGACGCCGCCUGUUCUCGAACAGGUCUCGCAUGCGUGAUUGUCCAGAACCCAACGCAAGACCACAUCUCAGAAUCGCAGAUCGUCGACUCGGUGUCCUCUCCACUCAUGGCGGAGGCGAUCGCCCUACGACGCGGGCUAGAACGUGCCCUAGAAGAGAGGAUCCCCUCUAUCAGAGUCCUCUCGGAUUGCCAAACGCUCAUAAGAGCUAUCGUCAACAAGAAUCAGAUCAAGGAGAUUUAUGGUGUUCUACAAGACAUCGAUGCCUUGUCUUCUCUGUUUUCUUCGGUUUCUUUCCAGCAUAUCUCUCGUUCACAGAACAGAGAUGCUGAUUUUAGUGCAAAACAGCUCCUUAAGGCCCACUAUCUUUUAUCUUCUGCAAUUAUGUAA